AUGAAUCAAUAGGGAAACAACUAUGAUUUUAAGAUAAUGUUAGGAAAAGUGAUAGAAAAGAAUAUGAGUUUUAAAAUAGGAUAUUCUUAAACGAAAAGUGAAGAUUAUGAAAUAGUACUUAAAUUGAAAGUAAAGAGUAAUAUUGAUGUGAAAACUGCUGAUAGUGAAUUUAAAGAGAGGUGUAAAAGCUGUUACACUAUUUUAACAUCAUUUGUGUAAUAAAGAAUGUAGAAGAUCUUAGGAAAUAAAUUCGUGAUUUUUUGAAGCCAACAUUUGCACUAAGUUAUCAAGUGGAUGAACAUUAUGCAUAUAUAAUAUUUAAAUAUGCUAAUUAAGUAGAAUUAUAGGAGUUCAUAGAGAUUUGUAAAUUUAUUAGAGAUACUAUGGAAAAAUCAUAAGAAAGAGAGGAAGUUUAGUUGGUAAUUGAAACUGAUUUAUCAUUUUAAAAAUUAAGCGAGAGUAUUUCUAAUGCUGUGUAUUAAAUGAAUUUAGAAGUAUAAGGCAAAGCAGAAUUUCAAAAGGAUACUCUAAAAUUGUUAGAAAACAUAAAAAUGUGUAAUUAGGAUAUUUUGCCUUCUUUUUUAUAAUAAAAAUAUUUGAGUCAAAUAUUAUUAUAUCUGUAAUUGUUAGAGAAGGUCUAAGCUGAAAUAGAAAUAGAAAAGAUUGAGUACGAUUUAGGUUUUGCAUAACCAAGUAUAGAAUUGCCAUUUAAAUUUGCAAUCUACGGAAAAUUGCAAAAAUUUGCUGAACAAUAUUUAGAUGAUGGAGUGAUUGAAUUGAUAAUUAGAGGACCUGGUUUAAGUGUUAGUGUUAAUUUCACUUACAAAGGAAGCUUAUUUACAUUGAUUGACAAUAUUUUAAUUAUUAAACAAUGAAUG